GCAAGUACACAUCCUGUUUCACUGUUUUCAGCUGACUGUCUUAUCUUACCGUUCCCACGAUCUUGUUUGCCUUGGCGUUUGUAACAACAUGGCAUCGACUACGACUUAAAAGAUAAAGAAAUGGAGAAUGCUGAUUCUGUUCAUGAUGCUAACUGGAUAGGCACCCUGCCAAUGGGUACAUCCUCCAACAUGUCGAAUGCUCAAAUUGUAUCUAAUGACCAUUCUGCCACUGAGCACCGACCCCGUUUACUUCCAAGGAAGAACUCACUGGACCAGAGAUUGCCCUACCGGAGAUCAAGACAGCAAACAGCAUCUAACCACUCAAAACCAUCUGUAAAGGGGAAAAAACAUUGCCAGCGUAAAUUUGUUCAGCGAUGGCUAAGGCAGUUUCCUUGGCUUCGCUACGAGAUGGGAGUCAUGUUCUGCGCAUAUUGUAAAGACACUUAUUACUUGACCAGUUGCAUGUACCUUGGCCUCUUCAUUAGAGGCACCAGCACGUUCAGGAAGGAUUACGUCAUUGCGCACGAUCGGAGCAAGAAGCACCUGGAAAGCAUUAAGAUAAUGAAAGCAAUGCCCAAUGGUUAUAGUGACACCCAAACGUCAGGCUCUUCUUCAAUUGGCGCUGAGCUUGGCACUUUGCCAGGUAUUUCAUCAUCUCCACCUCCUUCAUCCUCAUCACCACCAUCUUCACCCUCACCACCAGCAUCCUCCACAACCACUGGUGUACAUGUAGUCAUCAAAGAGGAACCAGAAGAAGUCCCCUGUAAUAGUGCUGUGCAGGAGUCAUUCACGCUAACAUCCAUGGUUAUGGACAAUACUCAUCCAGUGCAAGUUAAUCCUGUAGCAUUGGAUCCAUCUUUUCAUUGUGCACAUGAAAAGGUCACAACACGACUGGUUGCUGCAGACAACAGCAGUCAACAGGUUCCCCUACCCAUGGAUCCAUCCAGUCUUGAUGAGGUUGAGUCUAUUGGGAUCACACCAUUCACUGCAGUCAACAGUCAAGUAUAUUCUCCGACGGUCAACUCUUCUGGUCUGAUUCCGUGCAUCAGAGUUAAUGGAUCUGUCAUUCCUGAUCCAGGCAAUCAAGCCAACUACAUGUACGGACAAGCAGUCAGAAAUUCAUCGGGUCUUGAUGUGUAUAACACAUUCGCAUCAUCAUCAGUUGUUGCAACAAACAAAGUAACAAAUUCAACGUUACAAGUGCAACCCCAAUGGCCACCUCUGACACACCCUUCAACAACUACUGCAGUUACAUUGAGUGAAAUACAUGACCCUGUGAGCUCUGGACAAGCCGCUACCCAGGCUGCGGCCCAGGAACUGAUCACAUUCAUCAAUAAAGCUCCAUCGCCUUUUCAUGUGGUGAAUGAGUGUCGUAAACGACUCCUUGCAGCUGGCUUCACUGAACUCAAGGAGAAGGAACCAUGGAAUGUCAAGCCAUUGGACAAGUGUUUUGUGACACGCAACCAGUCCACCAUCAUGGCCUUCGCUGUCGGCGGUCACUACAAACCUGGUAAUGGAUUCAGUAUGAUUGGUGCUCAUACUGAUAGCCCCUGCUUGAAGGUCAAACCAGGCUCCAAGAAAGUGAAGAGUGGCUACCUUGGUGUUGGGGUGGAGUGUUACGGAGGCGGUAUCUGGAAUUCUUGGUUUGAUAGAGACUUGACUGUAGCUGGUAGAGUCUUGGUUCAGGAGGACAGCAGAGUUCGUCACCGUCUAGUUUUCAUACAGAGGCCCAUCCUGAGAGUGCCUAAUCUUUGCAUCCACUUGAAUCGCUCAGUUAAUGACAACUUUGGACCAAACAAAGAAACAGAAAUUGUUCCUGUGCUGGCUACGUCCGUUAGGCAACAGAUUGAAGCACCUGUGCCCGAGGAACAACAAGAUUCUUGUGAGGCUUCUUCCAAGCAUCAUCCCAUCCUCAUCAACUUGCUGUGCAAAGACCUCAGUGUUAGCCCUGAGCAGAUUCUAGACUUUGAGCUCUGCCUUACUGACACACAACCAGCAACAAUAGGAGGCGCCCUGAAUGAGUUUGUAUUUGCUCCUCGUCUUGACAAUCAAAUGAAUUGCUUCACGUCACUCAAGGCACUGAUUGAUUCCUGUAGUACCAAAGACAGCUUGGAGAAUGAUCCCAACAUCCGUAUGAUGCUACUCUAUGAUCAUGAAGAGGUUGGUUCUUCCAGCGCUCAUGGAGCCAAUUCCUCUCUAACUGAGUGGAUCAUGAGGCGUCUAUCUGCUGGAGGGAGCCCUACAGCCUUUGAAGAAUCUGUUCCCAAAUCAUUCAUGAUGAGUGCUGACCAGGCACACGCUGUCCAUCCAAACUACUCAGACAAGCAUGAGGACAAUCACAAGGUGGCCCUUCAUAAGGGUCCUGUGGUGAAAUACAACAGUUAUCAGCGGUAUGCCACUAACGCUGUGACAGCAUCUAUUGUCAAACUUAUUGCAAAGAAAGUCAGUGUUGAACUUCAGGAUGUGGUUGUUAGGAAUGACAGUCCUUGUGGAUCCACCAUUGGCCCUAUCUUAUCCUCUAAGCUGGGUCUGAGGACGUUAGAUAUCGGUUCCCCACAGCUGAGCAUGCAUUCCAUCAGAGAGAUGUGCUGUACAUCAGGUGUCAAGCAAUGCUGCACUCUCUACCAGGGAUUCUAUGAGACUUUCCCAGCCAUUGAUGCUGUGGUCGAUGUAGACUGAUUGGAAGCUCUCCUGAGGGUGUGUGAUGAUCUCCCAUCUCCGGAACAUCUAAUCACCAGCCAUUCUCAACUCUACGACCAUGCCAUUAAAAAACAUCUCUUUUGCUACUACUGUUUAAACUGAAAGUGUUUUUGAUCAUGAACGUUUCUCCAGUUUAUAGACGUGAUUAAACAUGACACAGUAAGAGCCCAGUCCCCUGCAAACAUCUGGCUUUCUUCAUAAACAUCCAUACACAUCAACUUAUGUGUCAAUUAUGUGUAUGCUAUUGAAAUGGCUAAUACUUGCCAUUAGAUGUAUAAUCAGCUUAAACUCACAGAGGUGAAGCAUGGAUGUUAUCAUUAAUGUGGAAUGGCACAUGGCCUUUAUCAGUAACUAAAGAAACUAGAUUUGACAUGUACAAUUGAAGCUGGAUAUUGUAGUAUGACCAUGUUAGAUGGUGUGUUGAUUAUAGGAUGUACAUUCAAUCUCGUUUGUCAUGGGUUUGGAAAAACUUAGUCUAGGGCGGAAUGAUUCAUUAAUGACACAUCAUGUGUGUGUGAAGUUAUGGAUAACACUUGCAUUGAGUAGCUUGCGUACUGCUCCCAAACUCCAUUGUAAUGUUACCUAAGAGAUGAACCAAGAAUAUCAUACAGAGUUGUGGCAGUUAUGUGUAAUCUUCAAUAGGGGCAGUUUCAUAUUGGCCAAAAUGACUUCUAGUUUCUUAAAAAGUACCAGAUUUUGCAAUUUUGUGUGAAGUUAAAAGUACCCUUAACCUUCAUUCAAGUGAAGCAUCGUUUUGCAUGUUUUUCAAUCCUUGUCUAAAUAUUCAAAUCAAAACAGAAGCCCAACCAAUCACUCCAUUAUAAUUGAUACUGUAAAUUAUUAUCACACACAAACCCAAAAAUCAAAAAUUAUAUAAAUUGAGAACUUUGGUUUUUCAGUAACGUCUUUUUCUUUUUGGGGGGGGGGGUGCAAAAUGCAAGCCUUAAAUAUGUUGCCAAUCUUUUGUGAGAUCUUCAAAUUUUUGUUUUAUUUAUUUUUUAUUUUUUGGUUCUGUUUGGUCGGGUGAAGUAUAUUGGAAUCUUUUAUUGAGCUCCACUUGGACAUGUUAAUUGUAUUAUACAAUUCAUUUUAAUAACUGACUUUCAUGUAUACACUGAUGUACUCCUUUACCCUUUAUGCAUCCAGCAAAGUCGUUUUUUAUUUGACUGUUUAAGGCUUCUUUUUUUUGCAAGUUUAUUAUCUUUUAUUCUUAAGACUUGAGAAAAUACUCUGUUAUUAGGAGAUUGCAUGAGAAGAAUUUAAAUAUAAAGAAUUAUGUGUAUUUGCAGUUACGGUCUGAAUGCACAAUUUGUACAAAUAUGAUUUUUUGUUGGUCUCUUUCAAUGAAAUAAUCAUCUACAAACUUUUAAAUGGAAGUUUGUUUUAUUCUUA